AUGACUCGCGGGUCGAUUUUAAUCUUGUGUCUGCUUCUAAUUUCCCACUUCGCUUCUGCAAAAGUUUUGUUGAUCGGGAAGAACACAUCUCUCUCCUUCGACGACAUCCAAGCCAAUUUCACUCCGAUGAUUAAGAAAUCGGAUCAAUCUGGUGUAUUGUACGUAGCAGAGCCACUCAAUGCUUGUUCCGAUUUGGUUAACACAGUGACUGUGGAAGAAGGACCAACUGUAGCUCCUCCGUAUGUGUUGAUUAUCCGCGGCGGCUGCAGUUUCGAAGCCAAGAUUAGACAUGCUCAGAAAGCUGGAUAUAAAGCUGCUAUUGUCUAUGACUAUGAAGAUUAUGGCUUCUUAGUCUCAAUGGCAGGGAACCCCUCUGGUGUAGUGAUAUACGGAACGUUUGUGUCAAAAGCAACAGGGGAAGCACUCAGAGAGUAUGUAGGUCGUACCGAUUUCGAGCUUUGGUUCAUGCCAAGCUUCGAGACAUCAGCGUGGUCAAUCAUGGCUAUCUCCUUCAUAUCACUCCUGGCAAUGUCUGCUGUGCUCGCCACUUGCUUCUUCGUCCGUAGGCACAGAGUUAGGCGCAGGCGGAUUCGGUCUCUGAAUGGCAGAGACUUUCCUCGUAUGGGGAUAAACUCGCUAAGAAGCAUGCCUACAACGAUCUUCAACGGUGUUUGCGAAGAAGCUUCCACUUCUGUUUCUUGCGCUAUAUGUAUUGAGGACUAUCGCAUUGGAGACAAGCUUAGGAUCUUACCUUGCCAUCACAAGUUUCAUGUUGGAUGCGUUGACUUGUGGCUUGGCCAGAGGAGAUCCUUUUGCCCUGUUUGCAAACGAGACGCAAGAACCAUCAGCAACGAUACGCCUGCAACGGAGCACACGUACUUGCUUUCUCCUGGCUCGACUCCUACGUCAUCUUUUCUCUUGUCAUCACCUUCCUCAACACCGUUGCAGUCAUCUUAUGAUCUUCCCUCAUCAUCAUCCACCACAAUGCAGCAACACACAGUCCCUAUGUGUCUCUCCCACUCUCCCUCCCACGCAAGCUUCCAAACCGGGUCAUACGGACGUUCCCCGCCUAUACCGGUUAGCCGAAGUUCAGUAGAUCUCAGGAACGCCAUUUCACAAAGAUCUUACAACUCGCCUCGCUCUGUUCACUCAAGAUAUACGCACAGGUUUAGCCCCGGAAAUGCGUCAAGGAGCUGGGUUGUUGGGUCGUUGUCAAGCCAGAGGGAGCAUUCACUUCAUGUAAAUGACUCCCGGAGGUCUCUCCCGCACUUUUCUUCAGCGAGCUCGCUACCAGGAUGUUGA